UAUACACAAAUAAAUACAUAGCUAUCAGUCUAGACAUGUAUAUCUACCGGACAGAGACAUAUAUGCAAUUAUUUCUGUGAAUAGCAUGUCCGCAAAUAUGAAUAUUUACAGGGUCGGCCCUCCCACAACUUUAACAAACUGGCUGAAUAUCGUGCGUUUUUGGGGCUUGUUCCAGCUCACAUCCCUCUGGGUAUUCAGAAGCUGCUUCCGUAGAUUCCAUAUAUGGACAAUUUUCCAGCGGACAUGUCGGUUUGGCUGGCGCGGGUACUCUCGUCGUAACUGCAAUUAUCUUGUUUCGCUUAUUUCCCGGCCCUCUCUUGUGUCAUUCUAUUCGUUCGCCAGUUGCAAAAAAUGGCCUCGACAAAAAAAGUGUUCGACUUGGUUAUUAUUGGAGCAGGAAUGAUGGGCUCAGCAGCAGCAUAUCAUUCCUCACAGAUACCUGGUACAUCAGUCUGCCUAGUUGGACCUUCUGAGCCAAAGGUUCGCAAAGAACAUGAAAUAUUUGGAUGCUGGUUUGACGAGGGAAGAAUUUGUUGCCGUGUGCAUGAGAAGCACACUUGGUCAGUUUUAUCAUCAAGGUCAAUUCAGAGAUACAGGGAGAUUGAAAAGCAAACAGGUCUUAACUUUUAUUCAAAUGUUGGCAACAUCCAGUGUUUAGAGAAAAAGGAGGAGUUCGAGAGUCUACUUCAAAUGAACCAACAAAUGACAGCUAGUGCUGAAGACGUUUCAAAGAAAUGGAAUGAUAUUUAUCCAUUUUUUAAUUUCCCAGAUGACAUAUACAUCUUGCAGGAGAAAGUAAAUGCUGGUCACAUUAGCCCACGGGAGCAAGUAAGGGCCCAUCAGACUGCUGCUCUUCAACAUGGUACAGAGAUUGUCCGCAAAAUUGUAUCCACUGUAACACCUGCUGAUAAUCCAGACUAUAAGUAUGCUGGACACCGAAUCCUUUUCUGAUAUCUCUCUCUCACUCUUUCAUUUUCUUUUUUUUUCUAUUCUUUCCCUCUCCACUUCUCCCUCUU